AUGUCCCAAACCGUCACCUUCCUCACCACCUUCGCCCCGCUCCCGCCCUCCACCCCAUCCUCCCACGCCCACAUCAUCAGCGACUUCGCCCACGGCACCUCGACUCCCCACCUCCAAGACGCCAUCGUCACUCUCCUCUACAACAUCUCACCCAGCACUCUCUCCACAUUCCUCGACCGAGACAUCAAAGAAUUCCGCCUCGUGCAGACACGACGGCGAGGCAGAGAUGCAGGCGAGGAACUCGUAGUCAUGAAACGAGGAUGCAAAGUCAUCGUAGGUCUCGCAAAUCACUCCCCGGACCUCUUUGAUACCCUCGAGUUCGACAAUCUCGUUCGUCUGGAGAUUGAUGCCGAGGGCGCGUGGAAAGUCAUGUAUGCGUCGUAUCGCGAUUACUUUCGCAUUAGUUGGGAUGAUGUGUGGGAUGGGAUCACGGUGAAUCGGGGCUGGGAUGAUCUCAGUGUGAGGGCUUGGGUGGAGGAUCCGAGGGAGGAGAGUAGGAGGAGGUUGGAGAGACUUGCCGAUGAGUUGAUGCGGGUGGUGCUCAGGGGGAGGAUGUGGGAGGAGAUUGGGUUUGCGUCGACGCUUGUUACUGGGUAG